AUGGUUUAUUAUAUUCUUCUCAAACAAUAUUUCAAUACAUUACUGAUACCAUUGAAACGACCACAUGAUCAAAAUAUGAUUUCUACACUGCAUACUCGUACAACUGUAUUUCCUACAUCAACGAAUCCUCAUAACGUCUUAUUAGUAACAGCAGCCUCUGCUCAAUUUAUCGAUCGAUUAGAAAAUCUGAUUGGUUCAAUCCAUUUUCAUGAACCUCAUAUACCAAUUCUUGUCUUUGAUCUUGGUAUGACUGAUGCUCAACGCUUUCGGCUAUCGUGCAUAGUAGAUAUUGAAAUAGAACUAUUUCCAUUCGAAAUUUAUCCAGCUCAUGUAUCCGAUCUGAAUACAUUUGCCUACAAAGCUCUCCUAUGGAAAGAAAUAUUUGAGAAAUACAGAUACAAAUCAAAAACUAUUUUCUAUCUUGAUGCUGGUACUGAAUUGCGUUCAUCAGUCGAAUCAAUUAUUAAAACGACUGAAACACAAGGUUAUUUUCUUACUCGACAAAAAACAUUGAUUUUCAAUCAUACAGAUGAACAAACAUUUAUAGCAUUAAAUAUGACCAGAAAUCAAUUCAGUACUGGUAAUCAUUAUCAAACAGCUGGCGGUAUAGUCGGGUUUAAUACAAAUUUUUCUAAUUUUUACAAUGAUAUUCUAAUACCAUUUGUUACUUGUUCUUUGAAUAUUAAUUGUAUUGCUCCAUUGAAUUCAUAUUUAUCGACUACACAUCGUUUUGAUCAAUCUGUUUUAUCAAUUCUUGUCUAUAAAGCUAAUUAUAAAGUCGAAAAUGAUGAAAAAUUCUAUGGUGAUUUUGGAUCUGCAACUGAACUCGAUGGAAGUAUGGUGAUAUUUUCUCGUCGUUGGCAUUGUCCUAAAGUUUAUGCAGCAGCAGUAGUAUUUCGAUCGAAAUGUGAUUAUCCGUUAAUAUUCCAUUCACAACGUCAUAAUAGAAUGAUUCAUGAACAUAAAACUGUAUAUUCGUGUGGAACAUUGACAAUUAUUAAGAUUCGUUCUCUUCAGAUAGAAUUACCGGUUUAUCAAGUACAUGUCCUGAUUUAUAUCAUCUAUAUUUUGAUCAUGACUAGUGUUUAUUGUGUAAUACUUUAUAUAUUAAGUUUAUUAUUAUUACCGAAAUUAAUAGAAACAACAAAGACUAUUGAUUUCUAA